AUGGAUCUGAUGGAUCCGAUGGAUCUGGUGGAUCUGAUGGAUCCGAUGGAUCCAAUGGAUCCGAUGGAUCGGAUGGAUCCGAUGGAUCGGAUGGAUCGGAUGGAUCCGAUGGAUCUGAUGGAUCCGAUGGAUCCAAUGGAUUUUAGUUAUAUAAAAAAAAUGGAUCUGAUGGAUCCGAUGGAUCCAAUGGAUUUUAGUUAUAUAAAAAAAAUGGAUCUGAUGGAUCCGAUGGAUCCAAUGGAUUUUA